ACACUACUCUGUGUGUGUGUGUGUGUGUGUGUGUGUGUGUGUGUGUGUGUGUGUGUGGUCUCCUUGGUAUCUUUGGCACUUGAACAAACUUGUUUGUCCUGUUUCCUGCGUUUGUGAGCUCACCGUCAGCGUUCCCGGUUUCCCUCUCAGACAGACUGAAGUCCAGAAGAUGAGUGUUUGUGUUGAGGAAGAGGAGGAAAGAUCAGGGUCUCCAGGAUCCAGCUGUCUGUCUAUGAAGAGUGACCGGUCCAAAGAUAAUCCUCUGGCCUUCAGUAAUGAACCUGGACCCUCUGACAAACAACAGACUGAAGUCCCGAAGAUGAGUGUUUGUGUUGAGGAAGAGGAGGAAAGAUCAGGGUCUCCAGGAUCCAGCUGUCUGUCUAUGAAGAGUGACUGGUCCAAAGAUAAUCCUCUGGCCUUCAGUAAUGAACCUGGACCCUCAGACAAACAAGUUCAGGACCACAGACUGAAAGCAGAGUCUCCAGGAUCCAGCUGUCUGUCUAUGAAGAGUGACCGGUCCAAAGAUAAUCCUCUGGCUUUCAGUAAUGAAGCUGGACCCUCAGACACACAAGUUCAGGACCACAGACUGAAAGCAGAGUCUCCAGGAUCCAGCUGUUUGUCUCUGAAGAGUGACCAGUCCAAAGAUAAUCCUCUGGCCUUCAGUAAUGAACCUGGACCUUCAGACAAACAAGUUCAGGACCACAGACUGAAAGCAGAGUCUCCAGGAUCCAGCUGUCUGUCUAUGAAGAGUGACCGGUCCAAAGAUAAUCCUCUGGCCUUCAGUAAUGAACCUGGACCUUCAGACAAACAAGUUCAGGACCACAGACUGAAAGCAGAGUCUCCAGGAUCCAGCUGUUUGUCUCUGAAGAGUGACCAGUCCAAAGAUAAUCCUCUGGCCUUCAGUAAUGAACCUGGACCUUCAGACAAACAAGUUCAGGACCACAGACUGAAAGCAGAGUCUCCAGGAUCCAGCUGUUUGUCUCUGAAGAGUGACCGGUCCAAAGAUAAUCCUCUGGCCUUCAGUAAUGAACCUGGACCCUCAGACACAAAAGAGAAGAGGAGUGGUGUUUCUGUCGAGGAGCAGCCGUCCAGCUGUGCUCUGUGUCAGGACGUCCUGAAGGAUCCAGUCUCUCCCAGCUGUGGACACCGGUUCUGCAGACAGUGCAUCACCUCAUACUGGGACCAGCCUGGUUCAUCAGGAGAGUCCCCCUGUCCCCAGUGUGGACAAAGAUCCGGAACAAGACCUGGCCUGACUGACUCUCUGCAGAGAGUAAGUCAGACCAGCACUGUACAAACAGAUAGUGGUCUGCAGGAGGUUUUAGAUGAACACAAGGUUAGUCUUAGGGACAGAUGUGAACGUGUGACUGAAGGAACUGAUGGAACAGGAAGUGGAACCCUCCUCAACAAGAUUUACACUGAGCUCUACAUCACAGAGGGACAGAGUGAAGAGGUUAAUACCCAACAUGAGGUGUGGCAGCUUGAGACAGCUUCCAAGAUGGAGACCCUCCAUGACACUCCAAUCAAGUGCCAUGAAAUCUUUAAAUCCUUGUCUGACCAGCAAAGACACGUCAGAGUGGUUCUGACCAACGGCGUCGCUGGCGUUGGAAAAACCUUCUCGGUGCAGAAGUUCACUCUGGACUGGGCAGAGGGCUUGGAAAACCAGGAUGUCAGUCUGCUGGUCCUGCUUUCGUUCAGGGAGCUGAACCUGAUCAGAGAUGAGCAGCACAGUCUUCUCACGCUGCUCCAUGUUUUCCAUCCAACAUUACAGAAGGUCACAGCAGAGAAGCUCGCCGUCUGUAAAGUUUUGUUCAUCUUUGACGGCCUGGAUGAAACCAGACUUUCACUGGAUUUCAACAACAGGGAGGUUGUGUCUGAUGUCACACAGAAGUCGUCAGUCAACGUCCUUUUGACAAACCUCAUCCGGGGGAAUCUUCUUCCCUCGGCUCUCGUCUGGAUAACUUCCCGACCUGCAGCAGCCAAUCAGAUCCCUCCUAGAUGUGUUGACAGGGUAACAGAAGUACGAGGCUUCAAUGACGCCCAGAAGGACGAGUACUUCAGGCGGAGAUCCAGUGAUGAAGAGCUGUCCAGCAGAAUCAUCUCGCACAUCAAGACAUCCAGGAGCCUCCACAUCAUGUGUCAGAUCCCAGUCUUCUGCUGGAUCAGUGCUACAGUUCUGGAGCACAUGUUGACUACAGAACAGAGAGGAGAGCUGCCCAAGACCCUGACUGACCUGUACUCACACUUCCUGCUGGUUCAGACAAAGAGGAAGACAAACAAGUAUGAUGAUAGACAUAAGAGGAGUCGACAGGAGCUGAUGAAGGCUGACAGGAAGGUUCUUCUGAAGCUGGGGAGGUUGGCGUUUGAACAUCUGGAGAAAGGAAACAUCAUGUUCUACCAAGAAGACCUGGAGCAGCGUGGUCUCGAUGUCACAGAGGCCUUGGUGUACGCAGGAGUUUGUACAGAGAUCUUCAAAAGAGAGUGUGUGAUCUUCCAGAAAACAGUCUACUGCUUUGUUCAUCUGAGCAUUCAGGAGUUUCUGGCUGCAGUCUACAUGUUCCACUGUUACACCUACAGGAACACGGAGGUACUGAAGGACUUCCUGGGAAAAGACCACAAACACAGGGACUCAACCCUUAAGUCUUUUCUAAGGAAGGUUUCUAAGUAUUUUGGAAACAAUAAUAGCCGUGAUCUAUCUCUCAAUGUCUUCCUGAGGGGAACCAUGGAGAAAUCCUUCAAAAGUAAAAAUGGCCACCUGGACCUGUUUGUCCGCUUCCUUCACGGUCUCUCUCUGGAGUCCAACCAGAGACUCUUAAGAGGCCUGCUGGGUCAGACAGAGAACAGACCAGAAAUCAUCCAGGGAACCAUCAGCAACCUGAAGGAGAUGAACACGUAUGAUAUCUCUCCUGACAGAAGCAUCAACAUCUUCCACUGUCUGAUGGAGAUGAACGACCGCUCAGUACAUCAGGAGAUCCAAGAGUUCCUGAAGUCAGAGAACAGAUCAGAGAAGGAACUCUCUGAGAUCCACUGCUCAGCUCUGGCUUACAUGCUGCAGAUGUCAGAGGAGGUUCUGGAUGAGUUGGACCUGAAGAAGUACAACACAUCAGAGGAGGGACGACAGAGACUGAUCCCAGCUGUGAGGAACUGCAGAAAGGCUCAACUUACUGCAUGUGGACUCUCAGAGACUCACUGCGCAGUCGUGGCCUCAGCUCUGAAGACCAACCCCUCCCAUCUUAGAGAACUGGACCUGAGGGGAAACAACCUGCAGGAUUCAGGGGUGAAGCUGCUGUCUGCUGGACUGGAGAGUCCAAACUGUAGACUGGAGGCUCUGAGGUUGUGGGAAUGCAAUUUGUCAGAGACCAGCUGUGAUUCUCUGGUCUCGGCUCUGAAGUCCAACCCCUCACAUCUGAGGGAACUGGACCUGAGUAGAAACAACCUUCAGGAUUCAGGAGUGAAGCUGCUGUGUGGUUUUCUGGAGAGUCCAGACUGUAGACUGGAGGCUCUGAGGUUGAAGAAGUGCAAUUUGUCAAAGAUCAGCUGUGAUUCUCUGGUCUCGGCUCUGAAGUCCAACCCCUCCCAUCUGAGAGACCUGGAGCUGAAUGAAAACUGGGACCUGCAGGAUUCAGGGGUGAAGCUGCUGUGUGGUUUUCUGGAGAGUCCAGACUGUAGACUGGAGACUCUGAGACUGUUCGCCUGCAAUUUGUCGGAGAUCAGCUGUGAUUCUCUGGUCUCGGCUCUGAAGUCCAACCCCUCCCAUCUGAGAGAACUGGACCUGAGCAGAAACAGCAAGCUGCAGGAUUCAGGGGUGAAGCUGCUGUGUGGUUUUCUGGAGAGUCCAGACUGCAGACUGGAGACUCUGAGGUUGAGUCUCUGCAGUUUGUCAGAGAUCAGCUGUGAUUCUCUGGUCUCAGCUCUGAAGUCCAACCCCUCCCAUCUGAGAGAACUGAGGCUGAAUGGAAACAAGUUGCGGGAUUCAGAUGUGAAGGAUCUGUCUGGUCUUGUGGAGAGUCCAGACUGUAGACUGGAGACUUUGAGAUGGAAGUGAUGAUCUUCCUGAAGGUGAGAGUGAAGAGGACGGUGUGUGUGUGUUGAGGGAGGAUGAGCUGUGUCCUGAUGAUCCAGAGAGGUGGAAGCAGCAGCAGCAGCUUGAGUGUAGAGAGGCUCUGACUGGGCCGAGUUGCUGGGAGGUAGAGUGGAGAGGAGAGCUCCAUCCAGCGGUGACUGACGGAGGAAUCGGAAGACGUGGAGAUGCCUCUCAGUGCUGCCGAGAACAGCUCCACUGUCGGACACAAAGUCAAGUCCACCAUCAUCCCCGAGACUCCUUCUGCUCCACACUCAACCACCUCCUCCACUUGGACCGGAGUCUGGCCUUAGUCUGAUGGGGUUUAGGUUCUGGUUUGUGUUCAGGUCUUGGUGCAUGGGUGUAUUCUGGGUGAUCUUAAGUAGGGACUUGUUUGGGCAGGCUUCCAAAGAUCCUCAACAUUUUUUCACUUCAAUUCAGUCCAAGUCGGUUUUAUUUAUAUAGAAACCAAAUCAUAACACAAGUUAUCACAGUGCACUUUUCAUGUAGAGCAGGUCUAGACUAGACUCUUUUUUUAUAUUUACAGCCACAGAUACAGACUCUGCAGCAUCAGGGGCAGAAAUACCUGCAGAAAGCAACAGGAGGAGAGAGGAGAGAGACGAGGAAGAACAAAGCUACGGGAGAGAGAAGCAGCCAAGUUAGUAACAAGGCAGUCUAGGACCAUAGCAGUAUAACUAGGGGCUGGUUCAGAACAAGCCUGAGCCAGCCCUGACUGUAAGCUUUAUCAAAAAGGAAGGUUUUAAGCCUCCUCUUAAACCUGGAGAGGGCGUCUGCCUCCUGGACACAAACCUGAAGAUGGUUCCACUGUAGAGGAGCCUGAUAACUGAAGGUUCUGCCUCCUAUUCUACUUCUGGAGACUCCAGGAACCACAAGCAAGCCUGAGUUCUGGGAGCACAGUGUUCUGGUGGGGUAUUAGGGUUCUAUGAGUUCUUUAAGAUAUGAUGGUUCCUGACCAUUGAGGUCUUUUGUAGGUGAUGGGGAGGACUUUAAAUUGUAUUCUGGAUUUUACAAGGAACCAAUGCAGAGAAGCUAACACAGGAGAAUCCCUUGUGAUCUCUCUUCCUAGUUCCUGUCAGUACUCACGCUGCAGGAUUCUGGAUGAGCCGGAGAGUAUUUAAGGACUUGGUGGAGCAGCCUGAUAAUAGGGAGUUACAAUAAUCCAGCCUAGAGGUAACAAAGGCAUGGACUAGUUUUUCUACGUCUUUUUGAGACAGGAUGUGCCUGAUUUUUACAAUGUUACGUAGGUGAAAAGAGGCAGAGCUUGAAGUUUGUUUUAUGUGGGAAUGAAAGGACGUAUCCUGAUCAGAGAGAACUCCCACAUUCCCAACGGUGGUGCUGGAGGCCGGGGCAGUGCCACCCAGAGUAACUAUAUCAUUAGAUGAGGUGUUUCUGAGGUGUUGGAGGCAAAGUACAAUAAAUUGUGUUUUGUAAUAACGAUUAAAUUUUGUCUGAAAGUCUCGAUGCUUUGAAACAUGUGACCGUCUGUCUGCGCUGAAACCUGCACUUAUCACUGUCAGCGUUCAUGUGUUACCGCCACCGUGCGGAAUGAUACGGUACUGCAGCCAUCUACCACGUCACGGUACUGAAUGCCCGGGAGGUUGGUUGCAGAGGUCAUCGGACAGACUGCGUGUAGAUCUCAGCAGGGACCCAGUUAUUGUAAAGACUGUCAUGUUUCCUGUGUUUAUGCUGUUAAAUAA